UCUGAAUAUUCAUUCCUAUUAAUCCCGCCAACCUACUCACACAAUCCCACCAUCUCAAUCAACACGCCUACGCCCAUUAAAGUUCCAAUUCUACUAACAAUCCACCCAAGCUGGCAUCACAACCGAUACACCACCGCCUCAAACACCUCACCCGCCUCCUCCCACCCCAACUCCAAGUUCAACCCCACCGACCCCUCACCACGACCACGACCAUUGCCAAAAUGUCCCAAGCAGCAACAAAAGCAACCGCACCGUGGUCCCCCCUCCUAAAAUCGCACCUAACCUCCAGCAAAAGUAAAUCCUUCACCCUCUCCACCGUAACCCACCACCCAACGUCCGGUCUGCCCGUCCCGCGCUCCCGCACCUGCGAGCUGCGCGGCUUCUUCCCGGCGGUGCUCAGCCUACACCCUAGCGCCGCCGAGGCGCUGGACGCGCAGGGCAUCGGCCGGACCCCCCAAGGACUGGAAAGUGACAUGCCCGUGUUCACGACGGAUAUCCGGAUGGCGAAGGUGGGCGAGUUGGGGGUGAGUGGCGGGCAGGUGGAGGGGGUGUUUUGGGUCGAGGAGGUGCAGGUGCAGUGGCGGGUGAGGGGGGGGACGGUUGUUUUGGGGGGUGGGGAGGAAGGGAAGGAAGGGAGGGAGGGGGUUUGGGAGGGGAUUAGAGGGACGGGUGAGGGUGCAGGUUUUGCUCAAGGGGACUGGGAGAGGAUGGUGACGACUUAUUUUGCGAGUCAUUCGCCGGUUAUGCGAGGCACGUUUAGGAACCCGCCGCCGGGUCAGCCGCGGUCGAAGCACCCGGAGACCUCGGAGCUGAAGAUGGGGCAGAAGGUUGAGGAUUUGAAGGACCCUGUUGCGAGACGGAAUUUCCGCGUCGUGGUUAUCAAGCCCGAGGAGGUGGAGAUGUUGGAUCUUUCCAAGGCGCCGGAUGCUGUUCGUAAGAGGUGGACUGUUGUGCGGGAUGGGGUUACUGAGAAGUGGGAGGAGGUUGAGCUGUGGCCAUGAUUUCCUUGGGAUUGUUUCGGGGAGUGUAUGGUACAAAGAGAGUGUCUUCUGGGAAGGCUUGAGUUCUUUGUGUGGACAACGGAUUCAAGAAAGAUGGGGAAAGGUUCAAUGACUCUUUCAAGGAUCUAUUGCUGAAACCAUUGUUGCCCUCGUACAGAUAAAGGCGUGUCUUGUGCCCCGAUAUAGUUCGGCCGAAUUUAGACUGCUAUGCCUCCAAAUUGUUCUGGAUAUAGAUCACCGUCGUCCCAGUUCCUUGUAAGCGGGUCGAUUCAAUGAGCCGUCAUUGUAGCUAUCCU